AUGUCCUCGUACAAACUGUCUCUGUUCACCUCAUUCAAAUCAGCCACGCCCCACCGGUUGGAAGAAACCCCAACCCCAUUCUCCUACCGAGUCCAGGCCAUCACCGCAUACACCAACACCAAUGGCGCUUCCCUCGCCCUCCCGCCAAUCCAGCCCCUCUACGGCGCAACACCAACUAGCUAUUCCGGCAGUGGCGUGCCCGUUGCGAAUGCCACUUGGUGGAAUUGCUGCCGCUGCAAGAACAUGGUGAACCCCGACCUGGCACCAGAAGAUCGAUGCCCGAUCUGUGAGCACACUAAGUGUGUGGACUGUCGUGCCGUUGUUGUUUGA